CUCUCUCUCUCUCUCUAAAAUCCUUCCCUCUCACCCUUCUCUCUCUCUCUCUCUCUCUCUCUCUCUCUCUUUCUUUCUUUGCUUUGAAAGCAAGAAAAUCAAUGGUGGCGGCACCGUCACUGCAGUCUCCGGGGGACCUGAGACAAAGAAGGUCGCUGUACGUGGGUGAUUUGGACCCUGAAGUCACAGAAAUGGACCUGAAAACUGCGUUUUGCUCCGUGUGUCCCUUUUUCAACCUUCGGCUCUGCCGUUGCGCUUUCACCGGCAAGUCUCUUUGUUAUGGCUAUGUCAACUUCUACUCUCACAACCAAGCAUCUGAAGCUCUCCAUAAACUAAAUCAUAAGUACUUGAAGGGAAAACCCAUGAGGUUAAUGUGGUCGCAGAGGGACCCUUUUGCAAGAAAGAGUGGCAUUGGCAAUCUUUUUGUGAAAAAUCUAGACUCUUCAAUUGAUAGUGCUCGCUUGGAGAGUAUGUUCUGCAAGUUUGGGACUAUACUUUCUUGCAAGGUGGUCGAAGAAAAUGGCAGAAGUAAAGGUUUUGGAUUUGUCCAGUUUGAUUCAGAGGAUUCUGCCUUGGCUGCACGAACCGCUCUCCAUGAUACCAUGCUUGAAGGAAAAACACUGUAUGUAUCCAAAUUCGUCAAGAAAAGUGAGAGGAUAGGAGCCACACUUCAUGAAGAAUCAAAAUUUACAAAUCUCUAUGUAAAAAAUCUGGCUGAUAAUGUGACAGAGGAUACCCUUCAAAACAUGUUUUCUGUAUUUGGGAAGGUUUUUAGUGUUGUCAUCAUGAAGGAUCAUGAUGGGAUAUCAAGAGGUUUUGGAUUUGUCAACUUUGAUUCACCAGAAGGUGCUAAGAAAGCUCUUGAUGCUUUGAAUGGUUCUCUACUAGGUUCCAGGACUUUGUUUGUGGGAAGAGCCCAAAAGAAAGCUGAGAGAAUAAAGAUAUUACAACAUGAAUAUAAGGAUAUUUUCAACAACCGUAUUGAAAAGUUGAAAUUAUCAAAUGUGUAUGUGAAGAAUCUUGAUGUACACGUUGAUGAUAACAAAUUACGAGAAAUAUUCAGUACCUGUGGAAAGAUAAUUUCAGCAAAAGUGAUGCGGCAUGAUAAUGGGGUAAGUAGAAGCUUUGGAUUUGUGUGUUUUUCAAGUCCUGAAGAAGCAAAGAAAGCUCUGAACACUAUGAAUGGAAUCUUGCUUGAGGGGAAGUCUCUCUAUGUGGCAGUAGCUCACUGCAAAAAAUUUUGCCACCCGGAGCUGGAGAAGUAUUUUGCUGCAUGCCGAUCUCUGUCAUCAUAUCCUUCUAACUGCAAUGUCAUUGCACCUUCAAUUGGUCCAGUUUAUUACAAUUUGUCUACUUUCCAUCCACCAAUCCCUUUCCUGCAGAAUCCAAUCUCAUUCCAAAAUUUUGGUGCAAAUAUGGGAGUCCAGUAUCCUUUGGGAGCUGAGAAUUACCAGCAACAGUUUUGCUCAUAUUCUGUGAAACGUGCUAUCUCACAUUUUCGUGAUCGAGAUCUGAAUUAUGGGCAUGUUGGGAUUCAAAAUUUUGGCCAUAGCAAAAGGCAGAACAAGAAAGGUGGAGGUACAGGAAGUACCUGCAGAGGAUCAAAAGCUACCAGGUGUUUUGCUGCAGCAAAAUCUCCUGAAAACUCCAAGAAAGACGUUGGGAAUUGUCUCCACCCCUUUGUUGAGAAUCUUCAGCCUGAGUGUGCAGGGAAUAUGCCUGGAAUGCUGUUGGAGGCCAAUGUAUUACAAGUUGACAGGGCAGCACAAGUGCUAAAGGAGGCCAAUGCGUUGAAUAGUGCAGAUAUUGGUGCAAUUUUGCCCAAGUCUGCUCGCUGCUUGAGCUACUAGAAUCGGCUAGAAUAGGUGACGGUGGCAUUUCCAGUUUCUAACAUUCUCAAAACUACUUCGCAGUGCCUGUUAAAAGUUGUUGCAAUAUUGGUUUAUAAUGAGCUUAUUUGCCAAUUGGUGCAAUAA